CUACCAAACUCCUCAUUUAUUUUCUUACCAAACUCUUCAUUUAUUUACUUUACCAGUUUUCAUUUUUACUACUCCUCCCUAUUGCCUCACUUUAUCUCUCUGCUCCGCCGCUUCACUGCUCUACUCGCUCCGUCACCAGAACCUGCUCGCGCCAUAACCAUUCUUAACAGGUUGUGAAACAAUCAAUUAUGAGUGAGCAUCAGUCGCAAGGACCGGUUCUUAGUACUAGCCCAAGAAAAAGAGCUUUAUUAGUCGGUUUAAAAUACCAGCGACCUUUAAUGGACUUCACACACGUGAAUUGCAAAAGAAUGCAAGAAUGCUUAGUGAAAAGAUUUGGAUUUCCUGAAGAGGAUCUUUAUCUCAUGUUAGACACAAACUUGAACUAUACACUUCCGGGUCCUAUUGAUAGUGAUCUAAUACUCGACAAGUUAUAUGAUUUAAUUAAAUCGUCAAAGUCUGGUGAUAGUUUGGUAUUUUAUUUUAGUGGUCUUACUGACUUUAACCCCGAAAAUAAGAGAUUUAUUGUCGGAGCUGAUCAUUGUACUGUAGAUGGCGAGGUAUUAUCACAGCAUCUGAAAAAAAUACCUAGGGGAUGUGCCGCAAUGUUUAUCAUUGAUGCUCCCUAUGGAGGAGGCUUUAUUGAAAUAUUUUCUAAGGAAAUUGUGUUAUUCACAUCCUCACGAACAGAUGAAGAUCAUAUAAGUAGUGGAAGUUACGGUUCUCUUAGGAACUUAAGAGGUCGUAACCCAAUAUCCGAAUCAGGUUCCAAUUUUACACGUUGUUUUUUGCAUUUUAUUGAAGAAAACAAUGAUAUACUUAAUCAGGAUUUGAUAGACAAGAUCAGUUUGAAAUUCCGUCAGUGCGGCGUCGUACAUACACCGGCUCUCUUAUGCACUAAAGAGAAAGCAAAGUCGAAGGUUUUUCGUUGUUAUGAAUAGAAACAUGAAUGUUAUGAGAAAGAGGUUACAAGGUCACUAGAGAUUUCAAAAGUCACCUUUAAUUAAAGUAACUUAUCCAUGCUGAUUGUUAUUUGUGUCUUGUGAUAAAUAUUUGUAAUCUUUUCUGUAGCAGUAAGAAUGUGAACUUGGUAUUGAAUGCUUUACUUAGGUAUUUGAAUGUUGGUAAUAUAAGAAUGGUAUCAAUCUUAAAAAUUGUGCACCCAAGUCUUGCAUAGGUCCUUCUAAUUUGAUCGUUGUGUUGUAUAAAAUAUAUCACUUUUAUAAUGCACU